AUGAGAUUCUGGAGGUUUUUAGCAGAGAAAUCGGUUUCAAUCCUCCCAGAAACUUCUAUCGCUGAAUCUCUGCUUCCGAGCUCAAGUUUUACAAAUUUUAAAUUGAUUGUGCACCUUGUGUCAGGUUCUGAUGUUGCUUCUGGUCAUGUAGACAACAUAUUUCAAGCUAGAAUCGUGCCUUUCACUGAUGACAGAACCAUAGUUACUUCUGCUGCUGAUGGCCAGGAAGAUGGGAUUAUUUCUGAAUCAAGCUUUUCAGAUUCAAGAAAUACAGUUAUGAUCAAGAACAUCCCUAAUAAAUAG